AUGGACUACACGCGGCUCCGAGCCGCUGCCCUGAAAGAUGGCGAGGACGAAGAGGCCGUCACGGUCGACACUCGGGCCCUCAUCGACAAAGUGCUGGCGAGAUACUCGGGCGAGUGGACGACGCUGAGAGAGCUCAUACAGAACGCCGCCGAUGCUCAAGCGACGACGGUCAAAAUCAAGUGGGAGACGCUCCCAUCAACCCAAGUCGCCCUUCCCACCACGACCAGCCAGUCCGAGAUCCUCAAGCAUGCCAUCAGCCACCACACCCUCCGCCGCCUCGUCGUCCAGAAUAACGGGCAACCCUUUUCGGGCAAGGACUGGGCCAGGUUGAAGAGGAUAGCCGAGGGAAACCCAGACGAGACCAAGAUCGGCGCCUUUGGAGUUGGCUUCUACAGCGUCUUUGCCGACUGCGAAGAGCCCUUCGUCAGCUCGGGCAACGAGGCCAUGGCGUUCUACUGGAAGGGCAACGCCCUAUUCACCAGAAAGACGCAGUUCCCGCCAGGCCAGGGAGGUCUUGACACGGCCUUUGUCUUGGACUACCGGAACACCACCACGCCCCUCCCGAACCUGCUCUCCGUCGGCCAGUUUCUUGCCACGAGUCUGACAUUUGUUGCCCUUGAGAACAUAGAGUUCUGGAUAGACGACUGGAAGAUUCUGUCCUUGCAGAAAAAGUCGUCUCCCAGCAUCGAGAUCAAAAUCCCCCGAGACCUCGAGACUCGUACCAAGGAAGGGCUUAUGAAGCUUUCUGCAGCGGAUCAGACGAGCACCCAGCUGGACGCCAAGUUUAUGAGUGUUCUUGGUUGGAAGCCCCAGGCCACACCGUCUUCCACUAAACCCAGCGAUGCCUUCUUUUCCAGCACGAGCGCGACCGAAAUGCCUUCCCUGAGGAACUUCUUCUCAAGGCUAACAGCCGGCCCGUCCCAAGGAGGACUGCGGAGCAAGGCGGCAAAGGAGGAAAAGGCCGUGCAAGAGGCAAUAGCAGAGGAUCUGACGGCAGUGUCCACGUCGAGCAUCUUUCUCCGUGUCACAUCAAGCCAGAUUCAAACUAACAUCCCUCCAUCGUUUGCAGCUGAACUGGAGAGGGCAACGAAGAAGCCCCCGCCAAAAACAACAAAGAUCGCAAUUUUGACCUCGUCGCAUGACGAGACAAUGGCCUCGGAGAACUCCAUGACAUCAAGUCAAGCGGCAAAAGCCGUCGAUGUCUUCUCCUCGGUUUUGCCAAGCAAGAAGCCAGGUGGGCGAAUCUUCAUCGGCUUCCCGACGACCCAAACAACCGGCGGCGGAAUGCAUAUCUCGGCGCCCUCAGUUAUCCCGACGGUGGAGCGUGAAGCUAUCGACUUAAACGCUCGCUGGGUGCGCAGCUGGAACAUGGAGAUGCUCCGUGUGGCAGGCAUCAUGUCGCGACUUGCCUUUGCCAAUGAGAUGUCUGAUCUAAAUGACAAGCUCAGGCGCAUGUCCGAGUCCGGCGACAAAAAGGGGCCAGCUAUCUCUACGGUAGACAUUGAAAAAUGCGUUCCCGAAGCCCUCCAUAUCCUCAAAACGUACACCUUUGCCGACUCUACUCCUAGCGGGCAUGUGGCCCAAAUCAUCGAGGAGGCAUUUUGGACAGCUUUCAAACGUGCAAAUAUCGAGGUGUACUCAUCACGGGGCGUUUUGCCAUCCUCCAGAGUCCGAUCUUCGUCCGACGAGAUCGGCAAGUUCGUCGGUGGGAUUCCUGUGGUUAUGAAGGAAAUGAAAGAUUCGCCAUUCAUCAAGAAAAUCAUCGAUUUUGGGCUUGUUAAAGACAUCACAGUCGACGACAUCUGUGAAGAGCUUGGAAACAAGGCUAUGGAUAAAGAUCAGCUCUGCCACUUCAUCAAAUGGGCUGCGAAGGGUGCUGUUUCUGGAGAGCUGGACUAUGCCAGCAAGAAACGAGUGCUAGAUAUUGCCGUGGGCACAGUCAGUGACGGGGGCGAAUCUGGAGAGAUUAUUGCCAUGGGGUCUAUUAAGAACUACCUCAACAACAGGAUUCCCGCCAGUCUCCCUAUACCCCCGACCACUCUGCCACUGGUUUUUACAGCCAACAUCCCCGAGGUCCAAUUGCAGGCGUUAGGCUGGCAGCCCUUGGGAAUUGUCCCUUGGCUAAGAUUCCUGGUCGAGUCUGGUCCUAACAAGGACGACGAGCAAAACUUGACCAAAUCGGCCGAAUUCUCGUCCCGGGUUCUCGUGGUUCUUUCAAAGAAUUGGGACAACCUGAGCCCUUCCUCCAAGACCUCAGUAAUAUCGACAUUGGAGCAUAUCAGCGCCAUCCCCACAAAAAUGGGCAUGAGGAAACCCGGCGAAUCCUUCUUUCCAACGGUGAAGCUCUUCGGCGAUCUUCCAACUGUUCAGAACCUGCAGGGAGUCAAGGACAAGUUCUUAACAGCCUUGGGGGUCAGAAAGACGGUAGACCUAGAUACGAUCUUCACAAGACUGCUGAACCCCUCAGCAGCAAGCAGCGAAGCUGUACACAAGAGAUGGAGCCACAUGGAACUGAUCAAGUACCUUGCCUCUGUGAAGGACGAUAUCCCGACUGCCGACAUGGAAAAGCUCAUAAAAUCACAGCUGUGCCCUGCUGAGGCUGGCCCGCUUGGGAUGGAGUCAACAAAAGGCACAGAGCAGCUUUUCAAGGUGUCUCAGCUCUUCGAGCCCAGAGAUUCGCUUCGUGCUCUAAAGUUGCCCAUUCUUCAAUGGCCUGGCCCACCGGGAAGCUUCAGGCCCAGGAGCGCAGAAGGCCAGUUUCUUUUCUCACUCGGUUUGCGUCCAUACCCAUCCGUGGACGAUCUUGUCGACAUGAUGGCUUCAUCAGAUCUUGCCAUUCAGGGUGCGGCAAGGAAAUAUUUCAUUGCCAACUAUCAGAUGAACUCUUAUGACAAUUUUGACCUCAGCCGCAACAACAAAGACUUCCUUCCUGUCGAGGGUAACGGGAAGCAACUUGUGUCCCCAUCUGCCUGUUACACCAACGAAAAGGCUGCGGUGUUUGGAUAUAAUGUUCUCUUGAAGGAACUGCUCCCGCACGCGUCCAAGUUUGGGGUUGCUCGCGAUCCUCCAAUCACGGGAUGUGUGGAGAAGCUCAUUGCUGAGCCACCGCAGAACCGCAACCAGGCGAUCGAGUUCUUUGAGUACUUUACGACUCGGCUAGGCGAUCUCGGAUAUAGUGACAUCCUGAAGCUCAGAGAUGCCCCCAUUGUUCCUGUGUCAAGAGCGAAGGACCAUUCACUCCGGGGGUCCGAUGGAGUAAACACCACCGGUGUCAACGUCCGACCUUCUAACUGCUAUCUGGGAUCAUCUAUGACAUACGGGAAUAUAUUUGACUUUGUCGAUCUUGGCACGGCCGGAAACGCUUUUCUCUACAAGUGUGGUGCCAAGAGCGAACCGACCAAGAUUGAGAUUGCCAAGCUUGCCUGUUCAGAACCAGCACGUCUUCUGGGCAUCAUGCAGAGCUCUGAGAAGUACCUCAAUCUUCUCAGAUCCCUGGCCGACGAGUUGCAAGCGCUGAAGGCGGACAAAGCGCUUUUCAAGCAAAUGAGAACAUCCGCAUGGCUGCUUGGAUCUCGUGAGCUGUCAUCCACGAAAGACGGGAAACCCGGCCUGAAUGAAGAGGAAGAGGCACCCAUCAAGCAAUAUCAGCUUGCCGCGGCCAGCCACAUUGUCGUCCUCGACGAUUACAUCAGUUACCGUUUGUUCAAGCAGUCGCUGCUAUGCGCUCCAGAGGAAGACGCCCUCGAAGCGUUCUACAUCGCCCUCGGCUCGGAAACACUUGGAAGCAAAGUCGAGGAAGAUGUUAGUAUCGGGCCUCACACGGAGAAGCAGGAUGGUGCCCAGUGGUUGCGUAAACACGUGCUGGAACGCUCCAAGCUCUUCUUAUACGAGUAUUCAAAGUACAAGCGGGAUGCCAUCAAGCAUGAUGACAAGUGGCUCGAGAAGAACUUAAAGGUCGAGGCUGUUCGUGCGGUGGCCCUCCGGCGAUCUCUCAGAGCUUACGGCCAGUCCCAUACCGAGACACGCUCUGCCGCUAGUUUCCAGAACGGCAGUUCGUGGAUACUGUACGUCGCCGCCCAAUCCAAGCCUGAUAUGUAUCAGGUCGGGCAAGCCAUCUGCCAGCUGCUACUUACGCGUCCCAGCCAACAGGCUUAUCUAUUCUUCGAGCCGUUCCUAAAGCUUGACCUAUUAGACCUCCGAGCUCGUGGGUAUAAUGUCGACCGUAUCCUCCGCGCAAAGGCGGCAGAGGCCAGGAUCGCAGAGGAGGAGAGACGUAAAGCUCUGGAAGCUGAGCAGCGGGCGAUCCGAGAGCGAGAGAGCGAGUGGACUCGCCAGGGCCAGGCCGCAGAGGCUGCUGCUGCUCGCGAGAACCCCAAAACACCAGAACACCGCAUGCCAGGGGCCUUUAAUGAGUCGCCAGAGCAAGAAUCGGCUGUGGAGCUCAACCGCCAGAAGCAGCCAAAGAGGGGCCUAUUCUCUAACCUGACCCGGCGCCUGGGCUUCGACACAGACGACGACUCGCAGUCACAGAAGCAGCUGGAGAACUUCCUCCCCCCUGAAGAGUCCGGAACCGCCAAGCAGCGAGGUCUAGAAUCGGGUUAUGCGGAUCGUGGAGCGAAAGACGAUGGGCGGGUGACAUCCCCCGCCGUGGUGCAACAGAACUUGCUCAACGCCAUCAAGUCGACUCGUGCCCACGACUCUUCGGGCUUGUUCUCUCCGCCCCAGCAAAGCCAGGUCAAAGAACAGGCGACAUACUGCGAUUCGACGCCGGCGACCAACAUUGACUUCGCGGCCGAAGGCCCUGGAGGAAUGCGCAUAUUCGUAGCCAAGAACCUAUCGGUUGAUACCAUGAGCUUUCUGAAGUCAAACGCUGCUUCCAUUCCCGAUUUUGAGAUACUUCUCAAAGAGUUAGGCGGUAUCUAUGGCUUGCAACUUAAGUCUUUGCACAUAUUCUACGAUGAGCACGGUAGCACCAUUGCCUUCAACAGCAACGGCAGUAUAUUUUGCAACCUUCGCUUCUUUAACCAGCUGCACGCUGAAAAGUUCGGCGGGGUGUCAGCCAGUGGCGAAGGCAGAGUCGAGGCGGCCGUCUGGUGGUGGGUUGUAAUUGCCCACGAACUCGCCCAUAACCUCGUGGCCCCUCACAACUCGGAGCAUAGCUAUUAUACGGAAUCGUUUAUCCACCAGUAUUUCUCAAAGAUGGUGGCGCUGGCGAUGACGUGGUCAAAGCCCACAAAUAGCUCGGCUGCUGCUACUCCUAGGUCUCCCUCGAUGUCGACCUCGGCGAGGCAGCAGAGUCUUCCACCGCCUCCGCCAUACUCGUCCAAGUAG